AUGCGGCGAUUCCGGCUCAAGUUCCACGUCCUCCGUCCAGACGGGCAACACUACCCCCGCGAAACCAAUACGGACGAGGAAAUGGACCACGACGCCGAGUACGACAAAAAGCCUGAAGAUAAGUACGGUUACACUCUAUACAUGUUCCGCGUCGAGCUCUGUAGGAAGCAUAUCGAGCCCCUGCUUGCGGCCUUUGCCAAGUCUUUGACUCGCGACAGUCAGCCGAGCCUAAAGGACGCUGAGAUGUUCAUGUAUCUGUGGUGGUGCCCUAAUGAUGACAAAUUCAAGGAGGAAAUGUGGCAGGUUGGUGACUGGAGACCUAGCGAAGACAUCACGAGUUUAUUUGAAUGCCUAGGACGGCAAGAGUGGCUCGAUCUUCAGUGGGACGACUAUAGAUCUACGGCGGGACAAGACGUGCUGGGUGAUAGCGAAUCUUCGCCCAUAUAG